AUGUCUUUAAUUUCAGCUGUAGAAGAUAGAGACAUACAUAAUAUAGGAAAGACUUCUGGUGGAGGGAGCAGGACUUCGUCUAUAACUUCGUCGAAAAAGUCGCUGAAACACGGCUCUAAAUCUUUGAGAAAACCAAAGGUAUACCAGACAACAGGCGAACCAUUAAGCAGGGAGGCUUUAUAUAAGGCGAAGUUGAAGUACGGGGUUUACCAGUCACCUGCCCAAAGUUACUCAAUUGGCGUCAGCGACGCUCAUGCAGCUUCCGACAAGGCAGCUAAUUUAGCUCAUGACAAUCAAACCACGGUAGAAGCUUACAAACGUAUGUUUAUUGACCCUAAUGCCACUAAAGCUGCAUCCAAAAUGGGACCCAAAGUUGUACGUAACAACUCAAUAACUUCUGCUACUUCUAAAACUUCAAAAGAAUCUCAGACGAAGAGAAAGUCCAAAGAAUCUCCAGGGGCCGCCGCAUCGAAAGCUUAUUCGAUGACAAUGGAAACUACAAGUUUAAGCUCUCAAACAAACAGCAGGUCAUAUUCUAUCACCUCUGCCAGCUCUGUGUUAAGCGGCGCGAGUGGCAGUUUCAACAGUACUGUUAAUCCUAAACCAAAGACUUUGAAUUUGGAGAAAGUCUUAGUGGGUGCUGAAAAAAAGGCAGAAUCUCGUAUUAAGGAAAGAUGGGAACCGGAAAAGACGAACUUCCAAUACGGCGUCAAGACUGAUGAGCAUGGUAAUUUAAAUCAAUUCAGUUUCUCCAAUGAGAUGAUGAAUAACAUUAUGGCGAAAGUUGAUGCUCCAAAAGCACAAGAUUUACAAAAGGUCAAAAAAGUUUCUGCUGAGAAAGAAGCCAAGUCGAUGAAAUUUGCAUUAGGAGCUGCUAAUGCUGUGAAAGACAUGCAUCCUGGUGAGGAUAUCGACAAAAGUAUAGCUCUUAAGGCGCAGAAGAGGGAAACCUAUCUGAGCCAAUUAACUUCUCAGCAAGUUUUGACUUUGGCAAGAGCCAAUGUUGACAGACAAUUGGAUAUCAUUGAAAAAAGCGAUAUGCAUAGAAAGCUAUUCACUAAUAUGGAAUACAACAAAGCUGCUGUCGCUGUCGCACAGUCUAAUCAUCAGAAAAAGACAGAAUUCCAUAACAAGAUUAACAUGGGUGGUGGCCUGUUUUUGUCACCAGAAGAUAUCACUAAAAUCGCAUCCGGAUUGAUUUCUCCUGUACUUGGUGAAGUGAGUGAGAGGGCGGAGGCGCAACGUGCUAUGGAUGAAGAAAUUGCAGAAAGAACUGAGGCCUAUAAUAAAUCAUCAAAUGAAUGGGAAACGAUGGAACGUUCUAUCAUUUCUAAUGACGCCAAAGUAUUGACUACUACGGCUAAUAGGCAUCAAACCGAAAAAAAGACCUCCCAGGAAAAGAUUAAAGCCAGCUUUGAUGCACUUGUGGCCAGAAUGGAUACCAAAGUCGCUGAAAGGGAAACUCUGCUUGAAGAUACCAAGAGCAAAGAGAUCGAAUUUAAAAAGCAAAUGCAGCAAGAGUUAAAGGACGAAAAAGCUCGUCUAGAUCAAGAUUUGGAGGAAUGGGGUAAGAAAUGUGAACAAGAUAUCACUGAAGCGCGCAAAGAGCAAGAAGAACUAUUGAAACCUUACCAUGACGAUCUGGCAAAUGCAGAAGCGGAACACAAAACUUUAGUGGAAGAGCGCGAUGAAAUUAACGCAGAAAUCUCAAGAUUGCAGGAUGCUAUAGUUGACCAUAAAAGAAAGAUCUCUGGUUACGGAAAUGAUCUUGACGCCCAGAAGAAUAGAAAUAUCAGAGAGGAUGACAAAUUACUGGAACUAGGUCAAACUAAAGAAAGCUUGGAAUCCCAUUUGAAUGAUGACGUUAUUAUUCUUGCUAAUAAGGCUAAAGAGCAGGCUGAGUUAUCAACCAAGGAGGCCCGUCUGAAGCAAUUGGAAGUGGAUUCGUUGAUUAACGAACGUAAGAGCGAGUUGAACGCGACCGAAAUCGAGUUAAAGAAGGAAAAACUAAAUUUGUUGGAAGCUAUGAAAGAUGUUGCUUCUGCACGUGGCGAUGAUAAGAUUGACGAAGAGAAGGUUAAAAAAUUGAUUGGUAUGACUUCUGAGGAGUAUUUAACACAAAACAAAUCCGUCGAGAAAAAUGUUGAAGAUUUACCAACCCAACUUGAAAAAAUAGAGGAAGGUGAUGAACUAAAGAAGGAAGAGAUAGUGGGAGCCGAAACGAAAAAUUCAGGUGGUGAUGGGGUUCCGGUGAGUACUGCCGCAAAAGAAGCUACCGAAACUAGUUCUGCUGUUCAAACAAAGGAACCUGAAGAAAAAAUUUCGAUCGGAAAUAAAUCAAGUGGAAAAGAAGACGCUAAUGAUUGUAAAUCAGCGGAGCAUUCAAAAGAAAUCUCGGUUUCACAGAAAGCAGGAAACAAUAAAUCAUUGGGAGUUAGCCCUGAUAGUUUGGAACAUACAUUUAGUGGCUUUUCACAGGGUUCUUCGAUCGAAGACGAUCAGGAUGCAAUUAGUAAUCAAGAGAAAAAAUAA